UUUAUUUUUAUUAUGGAUAAUAUUUAGAAAGUGGAUUUUUCUAUGUGAUUAAACUUAAAAAAAAAAAAAAUUGCCAAAAGAAAAAUAAAUAAAUAAAAUCACGUGUUCCUGGGCCAACCGGCAAGUCACGUGCUAAUCUCACCACCUGGAGAACAGGCCAAGUUUCUAACUCGUUCCGAUGUGGAUCGGAUCGCAUUUUCAAAACUGCAUGCAAAAAAAAAAAAGGAGACAUCAACGAAGAAAAAAUAAAACAUACUAUACCACUUUAUUGAUAACAGUCUCAAAUUCUUCCUUAAUUCAUGCAUGUUACAGCCGAUUCCUUUUAAAAGAACUCCCGCAUCUUUUGACUGCAAUAAAUCCACCAACACCACCAUCACUCGCCUCCGCCAUCGCCGCCGCAACACUGAGAUGUUGCCGUUUAAUACAAUCCAUGAGGCUGCCACAUUCCUGGGACGGAACCUGACGGUGGCCGAGACAUUGUGGUUCAAUUACUCAGCUAAAAAAUCGGAUUACUAUCUUUACUGCCACAAUAUUUUGUUUUUGUUUCUGAUAUUUUCUGUGGUUCCUUUGCCGCUUGUUGUUGUUGAGAUGAUGAGAUCUUUGGGAUUCGAUAAGUACAAGAUUCAGCCCAAAGUUAGCCUGUCGUUGUCUGAGAUGUUCAAGUGUUAUAAGGAUGUUAUGCGGAUGUUUGUUCUUGUUGUGGGUCCCUUGCAGCUAGUGUCUUAUCCUUCAAUUAAGAUGAUUGGCAUUCGAACGGGGCUGCCAUUGCCAUCAGUGUGGGAGAUUCUGGUACAGUUGGCUGUAUAUUUCAUGAUAGAAGAUUAUACCAAUUACUGGAUUCACAGAUUCCUGCAUGGUAAAUGGGGCUAUGAGAAAAUUCACCGGGUUCACCAUGAAUACACUGCUCCGAUUGGGUUUGCUGCACCUUAUGCACAUUGGUUGGAAGUUUUGAUCCUAGGGAUUCCAUCUUUUCUUGGACCAGCAAUUGUUCCAGGGCAUAUGAUCACAUUUUGGUUGUGGAUAGCUUUACGGCAAAUUGAAGCAAUAGAGACACACAGUGGAUAUGACUUCCCCUGGACUCCCACAAGAUUUAUCCCAUUUUAUGGUGGGGCAGAUUACCAUGAUUACCAUCACUAUGUUGGAGGACAAAGUCAGAGCAACUUUGCUUCGGUGUUUACUUAUUGUGAUUUUAUCUAUGGCACUGACAAGGGCUAUCGCUAUCAUAAGAAGGUCCUAAGGAAGUUGAAAGAGGCAACUAGAAUUGAUGGUGCUCAGAAUGGAGGCUCAUACUUUGUUCCUACACAAGAUCUUAAAUCAGAAUAGCCGCUUGUCAAUAGAGCAAUUCUCUGAUAAGCCUCUUCAGUGUACCUCUCGCUCGGGACAACUCAUGGAGAUCUGAUUUCAAGUUGACAUCAUUGCUAGUAUGAUAAAGUAGAUUUGUUAAGUGAUUCAGAUGAAGAUUAACUUGGCCUUUUCCAAAUGUGAUUUUGUGUAGCUUGAGGGAGAUAUCAGUUCUCACUGUUUAGGCUCAAUGUCUGUGCUCUCUUGAAAUCUUUUGUUUAAACUAAGAAACUAUAAAUCAGAAUCAUGGUGUGUAUUUUCAGUUGUGUCAAACAGUAAAGUAUAGAAUCUGCAUGUUUUGGAUCUCUGGUACAUAUCUUCUCUCGCUAAUUUAUAGAUACCGGGAAAGAAACGAAGUAAAUUUUUAUGCCACUUCCUUGUUAACGAUUUGAUGUCCAGGUUGAAAUGAAACUUCUUACAGGCCUCUUAAC